CCCCCCUUCCCAUUCUUCUGAUGUUAAGUGUAACUGAAGACUUGUAAGAGAACACCCUGCGUUUUUUUCUUCUUUAAAGCUGUCCUCUCAUUUUCUCUCCAAUGCUUGUUUCCAGCAAGCAGUUGGGUAUCGGCCGCUCUCAGAGCUGGGACACACUCGGAUGUAAUGAGGGGCAGUGGGACAGGGAGAACAGCUACGAACACCACGCCAGGAUUGCGGGGAGAAGGAAUUCAUUGACAUACGGGGGUGACAGUGGAGGGUGGUAUGAGCUGCCACCCCCCGGGAUCCGUCCCUCUGACCUGGACUUGAAACGGGAGCCAUACACCUACCAGGGCCCCUUCUAUGACCAGGGCUACCCUGAGAAGCUUGAGCAGCGCCCCUUGCGGAAGAGCUCUGUGCCAGAGCUGACCAGCCAGUACGACAGACAAGCUAUGGCUGCCCGGGGAUCCAUUCCGCCACAGGACUACUACCAGCAUGAUGCCACUCUGGCUGCCCGACCACCAGAGGACCCCCGAGGCUAUUACCGGGGGGAGUCUCACCUCCUUAGCAGAUCAGCUCCACAUUAUGGGAUUCCCAGUGGGAACCGGCCCCCAUGGGAUCAGGGCCAGUGCCGACCCCCUCCGCCAGCUCCUACCCCGGCUGCACCUCUUCCUCCCCCUAUGGCUCAUGAAAUGAGUCGUAUUUACAAGGAUCCCACAGCUGGCAAGAUGAUAACAGAUGGCCAGAGAAUACCCGGCAGAGAUGUGUCUCCAGGACGUUAUGGAGUUGAGCCACCUUCACCCAGGUAUGCAGCUGAGCCACCGCAUCUCUCUACUCGCUCGGUUUACAAUGACAUCAAUGGCCGCCCUAUGAUGCCCCGGCAGGCCUCGGCUACUUGCCUGGUGGUAGACCCAGUAUCUCAGGGAAUUGAUGGGACAGCAACCCGCGGAAUGGUACUGCGCCAGGAGGGUCCUGCUGCUUACGCUCCAGUGGUGUCACCGAAAGUACCCUACGAUCCCAGCUACGAUUCCAGUGCCUCUGUUGCUGCCCCAGCUAGUACACCCAUGUCUGCUGGGUUGCCUCACCCCCAACCCCAACCCCAAUUGCAACCACAGCUGCAACUACAACCUCAGCCUCACCCUCUACCUCAGACUCAGCCUCUGCCUCCACUUCAACCUCAACCUCAACCUCAACCUCUGCCACCACCUCAGCCACAGGCAGUGGCAGUGGCACCACCACAAACACCUCUGCCUGUGGACCCAAGAAAAACGGCAGACCCGGAGUUCUUGGCAUUCCUUCGUGGAGAGGGCAUCUCUGAGAGCACCAUCACCUCACUGCUCCAGCAGGGUUUUGACUCCACCAGUAUGCUGGCCGUCAUGGAGGAGAAUGAUGUGCGAUCUGUGGCACCAAACCUGGGCCAGGCCCGUGUGCUGUCUCGGGUAGCCCUCAGCUGCAAACGUCCUCCUGAGACCCCUAUCAGCGGGCAGCAGAGUGUGGCUCGUGCACGUUCCAACAGCUUCAGCCACCGCAAUGACCUGUACCUUCAGCAACAGAACCUAGACCCUGGUGUCAUGCAGCAACCCACCAACACCCUGCAAUCUAUUUCACCCAGGAUGGGGGAGGUAAUCGGCAGAAGACCGAAUAGUGCUCCUUCUCAACAUCUCCUGGAGACAACUGCCUACCCUGGGGCCCCCUUGCCCGGAGGACCACCUAUUGGCUCAGGAAGUUAUGGGAGUCCAAUGCCCCAUACUCGUCCAAUGUCAGCAUAUGCUGGCCAGCCUGGCCUCACUAUCCCUCCCAUGCCAACCAUACCAGUCAUUCCAGCUCAGUCGUUGACCUCCAUGCCUGCUCCUCCCCCAAAGGCAUAUUCUACUAACUACACAGUACCCAUGGAGCUGAUGAAGAGAGAUCGGAGCUUACCGCCAAUGUCCCCCAUGCACAGCUCUCACCACAGCCCCCAGGUGCUGCGUAAGAGUGGACCCCAGGUGGAGAAUGCCCUGAUACCCGCAGGCGUCAUCCCACAGAACAUCCCCAACCAGAAGCUUACCCGGCGCACUGGGCCUCCCGUCAUUGUGUCAACCAUGGCGUCACCUGAUUCAAGCAUCCGGCCCCAGAUCAUGAACGGGCCUAUGCACCCGCGACCCCUUGUGGCUCUACUGGAUGGGCGCGACUGCACCGUGGAGAUGCCCAUCCUCAAAGACUUGGCCACAGUGGCCUUCUGUGACGCGCAGUCAACCCAGGAGAUCCACGAGAAGGUGCUGAACGAGGCUGUGGGUGCCAUGAUGUACCACACCAUCACCCUGACCCGCGAGGACCUGGAGAAGUUCAAGGCCCUGAGGAUCAUCAUUCGUAUCGGCAGCGGCUAUGACAACAUCGACAUCAAGGCCGCCGGCGAGCUGGGGAUCGCCGUGUGUAACAUCCCCUCAGCAGCAGUGGAGGAGACGGCCGACUCCACAAUGUGCCACAUACUCAACCUGUACCGACGGAACACCUGGCUGUACCAGGCGUUGCGGGAGGGAACACGUGUGCAAAGUGUGGAGCAGAUUCGCGAGGUGGCAUCUGGAGCAGCCCGCAUCCGUGGGGAGACCCUAGGCCUCAUAGGCUUUGGUCGUUCUGGGCAGGCGGUUGCCGUACGGGCUAAGGUGUUUGGCUUCAACGUGAUCUUCUACGACCCAUACCUGCAGGAUGGGCUUGAGCGCUCGCUGGGCGUUCAACGCGUCUACACCCUACAGGACCUGCUCUACCAGAGUGACUGUGUGUCACUGCACUGCAACCUCAAUGAACACAACCACCACCUGAUCAACGACUUCACCAUCAAGCAGAUGCGGCAAGGGGCCUUCCUGGUGAACACAGCACGAGGCGGCCUGGUGGACGAGAAGGCCCUAGCCCAGGCUCUGAAGGAAGGCCGGAUACGGGGAGCGGCCCUCGACGUACACGAGUCAGAGCCAUUCAGUUUUUCCCAGGGCCCUCUGAAGGAUGCGCCCAACCUCAUCUGUACCCCACACACAGCCUGGUACAGCGAGCAGGCCUCCCUGGAGAUGAGAGAGGCGGCAGCCACUGAGGUCCGGAGAGCAAUCACAGGUCGCAUCCCUGACAGCCUAAGAAACUGUGUCAAUAAAGAGUUCUUCGUCACCACCACCCCCUGGUCAGUAAUGGACCAGCAAGUUCACCCAGAGCUCAAUGGGGCCUACAGGUACCCUCCGGGUGUGGUGGGCGUGGCACCAGGAGGGAUCCCCGGGACGAUGGAGGGCAUGAUGCCAGGGGGGCUGCCCAUCGCCCACACCCUGCCCGCCGGCACACACCCCUCACAGACGCCCUCGCCCAACCAGCCCGCCAAGCACGGCGACACCAGAGAGCACCUGACCGAGCAAUAGCACUAGACCAGGAGCGUUCAUACCGACACUCGACCGGGACCAAGGGGCCGUGAACCGUAGCCCCUCUGCCUCUCAGCACUGGGAACCGCAACAUGUUCCACGGAUUUGUACUCUUCGUUUUGUUACGUUUUAUUCCUCCCUUUUUUUGAUUCAGUGUUUUUUCUUUUUUUUUUUUUUUUCUGGAAAUAUCCCGUUUUUCUCGGACCUGUCGACAGCGCCCGGGCGAGCAAGGCUGCUGCGUGAUUCGCUGGGAUACUGCCCCGCCCACUGCCCGCCUUGUGGGAGGGCCUUGCUUCCUGCCCCCCCCCCCCCCCCCCCACACCACAUUGGAGUGCUCAGAAGAACAAUGACAUCAUUCCUUUCUGACCACGCCCCCAUUUCCAGCUUCUGCUCCGCCCCCAACCCCCCCACCCACCUUCAGUUCAGUUUCGCAUCUGUGUUUUCCCCCUUUAUUUUGUACAUUUUAUUCAC